AUGGAGACUAGUUCUCGUCGUAAAGCAUGUGAUACUUGCUUCAAGAAGAAAAUCAAGUGUGACAUGCUAAAACCAGCAUGCUCGAACUGUUUACUGUAUAAAGUGCCAUGUGGCACAACUGUAAUUCGAAGAAGAGUAGCCCCAGUUGUUCAGAGGGAAUCACGGGCAGCAAGCACUACGGCAGAUGGCGAUGGCCUUGAGGCUCGCCUUGCGCGAAUCGAGGCAAAGUUAGACAGGAUUGGCGACCCCAACGGUGCCACUGGGCAUCUAGUCCAUGUCUUUUGGAGCGCCACGGGGAUAUUGCCUACCGCCUCUCUGAGAUAUUGCCUUAUUGAGGACUACUUCCGUGAUUUCAAUACUGCCUUGCCGCUGUUUCACCAACAGCAUUUUAUGCAAAUGCUUUUAGACUUCUAUUCCGAACAGGAGCCUACUAAGAAAUCUAGGGCCGUCUGGGCUGCGAUAAAUGUAGUUCUUGCCCUUGGUUUCCGCAUCCGCACUGUUGAGACAGACGAAAUCAUAGUUAGAUUCGAUGAUAUUAAAAUCAAACAUUGCAUCGACAAUGCCCAGAAGGAACUAGACGAGCUUGUGACGCGAGAAGAAGACACACUUGGGAUAGAAGUUCUCUUGGGUCUGGUUUUACUCUUUCAGACAAAUACUGAUCAGAAACCGGCGUCAGUUCUAAUUAGCACCGCUGUUCGACUAGCUCAUAGGCUCGGGCUUCAUAUGAAAUCAACCUUAUCACAAUAUUCACCGGAGGUCGCACGUCACAGAAGCAAUAUAUUCUGGCUCUGUUAUUAUUUAGACAAAGUAAACCAAACAUCUCUAUCUUAG